AUGUUGCAUAUUGCUGAAGAUUGUCUUCAAAUUAUUAUUAAUGAAUUACAAUAUGAUUUAUCAUCUUUAUAUUCAUGCAUUUUGGUGAAUAGAUACUGGUGUCGUAUAGCUAUACCAAUAUUAUGGAAAAAUCCAUCUUCUCUAAAAGGAUUUUCACCUUCUAAACUUUAUAAUAUGAUAAUUUUCUUACUACCAAAAUCUUCAAAGAAAUUUCUAUCUGAUAAUAUCCCUGAAUUUUCUUUAACUGAAAUUCCUUAUGAUAAACCAUUGUUUAACUAUAUUAGCUUUUUCACUCAAAUUUCACCAGAUUUAAUUAGUAGUAUAUCACAGUCAUUAGUUAAUAGUAAAGGAUAUAAUGAUGAAAAAUGGAUUGCAGAAAAAUAUGAGAAGUAUGUAUUGGAACAAGAAUUUUAUGAGUUAUUUAUAAAUAAUUGUAAAGGUUUAAAACUUUUUUAUUGGAAUACAUCACAUCCUUUAUUUAAAUAUCAAGGGGCAACUACUUGCUUUUCUCAAUUAUGUACAUUAAUAAUUAAUCUUAUGUUUCUGACAAUAGCAAAUUUAUUUGAUAUGACACAAAUUUGUCAAAAUAUUAAACACUUGGAAGUAAUUGAAUGUAAAGGAAAUAUCAUAGUAGGAUUAGUUAAUUUCAUUGAAAUUCAAAGAAAUUUACAAUCAUUAUCCAUAGAUUUUUUUCAUGAAGAAAGAUCGGAUAUCUUUGAAUUUAUUCCAUUGAGUAGUAUAAUUAUGAAGAAAGCUUCUACAUUAAAAAAAUUCAUUAUAAGACCAUUUAUUGGAUUAUUAUCACCCAAAAUUCUUACAUCAUUGAUAAAUUUACAACAUUUAGAACUUAUUAAUGAUAUGGAUUUUAAUAUGUUAUUUGAAGGUUACACGGUGGAAGCUUGGGAUGAAUAUUUAUCAAUUACUUCAUUUCCAAAUCUUGAAUAUCUAAAAAUACAUGAUUAUUAUUUACCAUCCUUUAUUAAAGAUUAUAUGUUGAUUGAAAAAUCUAAUGGAAAUAUUUUAGAGAUUAAUAUACUUAAAAUGAAAGUUCAUGAUCCUAUUUAUACUAAAAAAUUAAUUAUAACAAUUUCUAAAUGUUGUCCAAAGAUUAAAAGGUUUACAAUUAUUAAUAUUGAACCUGAAAAUUUUGAAGAUUUAAAAGAAAUCUUUUUAAAUUGUACACAAUUAGAAAUGUUGGCUUUAUUGGAUAGUAAAGAACAUAAUGGUGACAAAUUAUUAGAAAUUAUAUCAGAUUAUUCACCAGAAACUUUGUGUGAAUAUUCAUUUAAUUUAAUAUUUACAAUUGAAGGCUUAGAAAUUUUUUUUGAAAAUUGGAAAAAAAGAAAAUCACCACUCAUUUUAAAUAUUAUCAAACUCCGCUAUAAUGGAAGUUUUACAGAACAUGAUAAGAUUAUAAAAAAAUAUUUUGAUGAGGGUGUAAUUAAAGAAUAUAAUUAUCAUGAUUUUCGUUCUUUUUAG